CCCUUCUUCAGCUGAGCGGAAAUGCAUCUGUGUAGGCCCCGGUGCCACCGACAUUACGAAGGAAGACGGGUAAACCCGAAGUGACUAGAGAGGAAGUUUUUUUUUUGCAUGCGCCUUUUACGCGCAGGGGCGCUUCCAAGAAGUAUGAGUAAGAGAGACGUCAAAGCACUGAAACGUGCCGGUGAUCUUGUACCACUUUUUAUAAAAUCACACAGAUAGGCGGGAGGACUCAACAUUUGUUAUAGCGGACAGAUCCGGACAAGAUUGGUUUAGCUGAUACACAAAGGCUGACACAAAUCCCACAUAACGGUUUUCCUGCUGACUAUUUGCACAGAGGUGUGUGCUGUAAGGAAUAAGGGGCAGCUCAGUCCAAGAGGCUUCAGUUUCUGAUCUAAAGUCUCUCUGUAGUUUCCUUCUGAAUAUCUUCUAUCAAGCAACAAAGAUGGAGCAGAUAGCAGAUGAUAAGCCAAAGAAGAAGGUGACCCUUUACCUUCUCUUCUGUGUUUCAACAGCAGUCAUCGGCUCGCUACAGUUUGGCUACAACACCGGGGUCAUCAAUGCACCAGAGCAGAAACUGCGCAUGUUUUUCAAGAAUGUGUCAAUGGAGCGGUACGGGCAGCCUUUCAGCCCAGGAACCAUCACCAUUGUGUGGAGUUUUGCUGUGGCCAUCUUCAGUGUGGGAGGCAUGGUCGGGUCUUUCUCUGUUGGAGCCAUGGUCACCAAAUUUGGCAGGCGUAAGUCCAUGCUGCUAGCUAAUGUCCUAGCUGUACUUGGUGGGGGUCUCAUGGGACUGUCGGUUCUGUGUCAGUCUUUUGAGGUAGUCAUUCUUGGCCGGUUGAUCAUUGGUGUGUUCUGCGGUCUGUGCACGGGACUGACACCCAUGUACAUAGGUGAGAUCUCUCCCACUGCUGUCCGAGGGGCCUUUGGCACGCUACACCAGCUGGGUGUGGUUAUUGGCAUCCUGGUGGCACAGAUCUUCGGUCUGGAGUUUCUACUUGGCUCAGAUGCUCUGUGGCCUCUGCUGCUGGCUCUGACCAUCCUGCCUGCCAUACUGCAGAGCAUCUUGCUGCCCUUCUGCCCUGAAAGCCCCCGCUACCUGCUUAUUGUCCUUAACCAGGAGGAGGAGGCAAGAAAAGCGCUGGUGCGUCUGCACGGCUCUGAAGAUGUCAGCGAUGAUAUUCAGGAGAUGAAGGAAGAAGGGAUGAAGAUGGCCAUGGAAAAAAAAGUGACCAUCCCCGAACUCUUCCGCUCUCCAAACUACCGUCAACCAAUCAUUAUCGCUAUCGUCCUCCAGCUCUCUCAGCAGCUGUCUGGCAUUAACGCUGUCUUUUACUACUCUACAGGCAUAUUUGACACAGCUGGUGUUACUCAACCUGUCUACGCCACCAUAGGAGCUGGAGUUGUCAACACUGUGUUUACUGUUGUCUCUCUCUUCCUGGUUGAACGGGCGGGGCGAAGGACGUUGCACCUGAUUGGACUGGCUGGAAUGGCUAUCUGUGCCCUCGUUAUGACGAUCUCCCUGUCUUUGGUGAAGACCAACCAGUCUCUAAGCUACCUGGCCAUAGUGGCUGUGUUCGGCUUUGUUGCCAGUUUUGAGAUGGGUCCAGGUCCCAUCCCCUGGUUCAUCGUGGCUGAGCUUUUCUCCCAGGGGCCCCGACCUGCAGCCAUGGCCGUCUCUGGUUUCUCCAACUGGACCGCCAACUUCCUGGUGGGGCUGUCUUUCCCUAAACUGGAGGAACUUUGUGGUCCUUACGUCUUCAUCAUCUUCAUGGUCCUUCUCAUCCUGUUCUUCAUCUUCACCUUCCUGCGAGUCCCUGAGACCAAAGGAAGGACAUUUGACGACAUCACUCAAGGAUUCUCUGCAAGUGCAGGGAAACCCUCCCCAUCCCCGGCAUUUGAGGGGGUGGGCGUCAACAUGCCAGAGAGCAAAGAAGCUGCACCCAUGUCCCCCACAGAAAAGGUUCCCAUGGUGGAUUUUCCUCCAGAGAAGCCAUAAGUGUCCUUAGAGAGAAGAAGGAAGACUUAGGGCACAACACAGACAACAUGUUUCAAGCACAUAGAUAAUGUAAGGAGUUACAUUUCAUAACUCACAAAUGAUGACAGAGCAGCAGGGUGUGUUUAGAAGUUUUUUAAUAUAUGUGUUUAGUGUGCCUUUUUUAAAUACAGUGGAGUGGUUUAAAGAUCCCCCACAUACAAAUGCUAAAAUAAUUGACAGAAUUCCCUGUAAUCCUGAUUUAAACAUGGGCCAAACUUAACUGAAUUACCAGUACUUAAUAUUUGUUGACAUACCCAUUGCCAGCUCCAUGCAUAUUGCCAUAUAAGAGGAUCAACAUAUGUUCAGUGUUAAGUCCCAGGUCUUCAGCUACCCCCAGUAUUAAAAGGUUGCAGGAUUUCAGGGGUUUUAUGUAUUGAGGUCAAGCUUGAAAAGCUGGUUUUGGAGCCUAGUCGUUUGACCCAAAAAAGACUGACUUGCUAUCCUGUCUGCCUGCCUGAUGUUCCUUGCUGCUAGGGAGAGAAAGCCAUGUUGCCUUAAGUAGACAGAAUAAACAUGGAGGAGGUGCUGCAGAUGUAAAAUAAAUAUAUUUAAGCAUGUAGAAGAUAAGAAAUAUUUCUUCUCAUCCUGUAGCACAAUGUCCUCUGACAGUAGAGGUUGUUUGUGUGUUGUUUGAAGUCACGAGUGUUUGUGCCAAUAAAUAAGUAACAACAAAGACAGUUCUGUAAAUGGUACUGUCUCCAUCAAGUAUAUUUUUUGUAUGAGAAUGAGGUGUACUUUAACACUGCCAAGCCUUAAAAAAGUCUGUGUUUUAUGAUUUCAUUGCAGGUAUAGUCAGGAUGAAAGACAGAUUGUUGUAGUGCAGUCGUUUAUAGUUUGCAUUACGGCAGUUGGAUACAAAUACUCAGGUGGCUACGUAUUUUACUGUAUACUCGGCUUCUAAAUGUUAUAGCGUAGAAAAUGCAUUUAUCCAUCAUCACUGUACUUGAAACUCUUUUGACAUCAGUACAUAGGCUAUGAAAUAAAAUGUCUUACAAUCUCUAAAAUAGUGUUACAUCAAAUCACAAGUGCUUGUGACUGUUAAACAGUUGUUUUAGGAAUGUACUGAAACACACUGAAGUCUACUGAUAAUUCAAUAACAAUAUAUAUUUCAGUCGAAACAAGAUAUUAGCCAUGUGGGAUGGUGAUGUUGAAUAUAAACACUAAAUUAAUUGUAUUUAUUUCAAUGGUUAACGCACAAAAACUGUCUUAUAUGUAUUUGUUUCGAAUUGUCAGAAAUCAUAUGUAUAUAUUGUAGAAUCUCCAGUUACUGCAUCAAGAUCAACUAUUACAGCACAGUAUACAUGCUUAUAAAUGUUGUGUCAAUGUUUUUACAGCUGCAUCUUCCUCUGGAUGUGUGCACACUCAUAAGGAAGCACUUUUCAAUGUUUGAGCUUAGCAGAAUUUUCAUUUGCACUUGGGCAGUCCGGCUACUUUCUGAUGAUUGCUUAUAUUGUGUGUGGCUCUCCAUUACCUGUAAAUAUACUGUAUGUGUUAGGGUGUGUAUGGUUUUGGUUGUUAUUUGUUCCUCAUACUCCUGUUUCAUCUAUGUUACACGAUGAACUGAUUUUUCUUGCACUCUGAAAAUACUGUUACCAUGUUGAAUGUCACUAUGUUGCUUAACAGUAGACAGAAGUGAGAAGUGACAGAGGUUGAGUGUGCGUGAGAGUCAGAUAAGAGAUGACCUUUAAUGUUUUUCUAAUGUCCUCUGUUCUCCUGCUGUAAUAAAAUGAGUGACACUUGCUUUGAGAAACUAAAAAGGAAAUAAAGUUGUCCAUCUUUUAA